ACCACCAGUCACACACACCUCAUCACCGGAGCAAGAAAGCCUUAUUCUUCGCCAUGGCAUUGGCCUCGUGCUCCAGUACCUUUCGCUGCAACCACGCAGCGGCAGCGGCACCGUGGUCACAUCCCAGAACUAGACCCAGAAGCUUCCGGGGGCGGAGGAGCUCCAUUAUCAAAGCAGCCGUCACCACCGAUGCCAAGCAAAACCUGAAGACCCCAUUGCAGUACAGGAAGCUCGGGGACUCGGACCUUGUAAUUAGCGAAAUCACUCUCGGAACCAUGACAUUCGGCGAGCAAAACACAGAGAAAGAAGCUCAUGAGAUUCUCAGCUACGCAUUUGAAAAUGGGAUUAACGCAUUGGACACUGCCGAGGCUUACCCAAUUCCCAUGAAGAAGGAGACACAAGGGAGCACUGAUCGCUACAUUGGCAGUUGGCUCAAGUCUCAACCCCGCGAUAAGGUUGUUUUGGCAACAAAAUUAGCUGGCUAUUCAGAGAGGUCAAGUCAUUUGCGUGACAAUGCCACGGUUUUGCGGGUGGAUGCAGCAAACAUUAGAGAAAGUGUAGAGAAAAGCCUAAAGCGCCUUGGGACAGAUUACAUUGAUUUAAUACAAAUUCAUUGGCCAGAUCGCUAUGUGCCAUUAUUUGGUGGGUAUUCAUAUGAAUUUUCAAAAUGGAGGCCAAGUGUACCAUUCGUGGAGCAACUGAAGGCUUUUCAAGAACUCAUUGACGAAGGAAAGGUACGCUACAUUGGUGUUUCUAAUGAGACUUCAUAUGGAGUGAUGGAAUUUGUACAUGCAGCUAAAGUUGAAGGGCUACCAAAGAUAGUCAGUAUCCAAAACAAUUACAGUCUUCUAGUUAGAACUCAUUUUGAAAUUGACCUUGUUGAAGUCUGCCACCCAAAAAAUUACAACAUUGGCUUGCUGGCUUAUUCUCCACUGGCGGGUGGAUCACUGAGUGGGAAGUACAUAGAUAGCACUUCCGAAGCUUCUAAAAAAGGGAGGCUAAACCUUUUCCCCGGCUACAUGGAAAGAUAUAACAAGUCUUCUGCUAGGGAAGCAACAAUAAAGUACAUCGAGCUCGGCAAGAAGUACGGGCUAACUCCAGUUCAGCUUGCACUUGGAUUUGUACGGGACCGUCCAUUUGUGACAAGUUCAAUCGUUGGUGCAACUUCCGUCACCCAACUGAAGGAAGAUAUUGAUGCUUUUCUGUUGACUGAGAGGCCUUUACCGCAAGAAGUGAUGGCUGAUAUUGAAGAGAUUUUCAAGAGAUACAAAGACCCUACCAUUUGAAAAAGUGGCCUUUGGAAGUGUAAUUAUUACUUGUCUUGCAACAUCAGCUUAAGAUAAUGAUCGAACGUCGACGAUAUCCCUUGUUGGCGUGGGCAAUUCCGAUUUUGCGGUGACCAAAAACCAUGAGAGAAGGAAGCCUGAACUUCCCCUUUGGUGUCUUUAUGUAUCCCUGUAGUUUUUCUUGUGUAUUUUCCUCCAAUGUUUCUGUCCUUGGAUUGAACCUUGUAUAUUUUCCUCCAAAUGAGAGCCUGGGUCGCAUAUGUCUGAGUUAUAGAUAGAAAGUUACGAGAUUGUCAA